CCACAACUUUGGUUUUGCUUUUCACGACUCAUUAGGGUUUUGAGCUCCUCAGCCAUGAGAACACGGCGGCAAAAGAUCUUGGAGGAUCGUCAAGCCGUCGUCGAACGGUUAAAUGCUGGCGAAAACUCAUUGCAGAUCCCAGUUGAUCUCAUAUUCGAGAUACUCUUGAGAUUGUCUGUUAAAUCUAUAGCCAGAGGUCGAUGCCUAUCGAAGUUCUGGGCUUCCAUACUUGAACGUCAAGAUUUCACGGAUCAUUAUUUGACAAGAUCAUCUGCUCGUCCUCAGCUCUUGUUCGCCUUCCAAGACCGCUGCAAGGUGUUCUUCUUUUCCGCACCUCAAGAUGACAACUCGUUUCUGAUAACAGCCAGUUAUCAUAUGAGUUUCCCUGUUAACCGUGUCAAAGAAAUAUAUAGUCCUAUCAGUGGUUUGGUCUGCGUUAGAGAGGGGAUGAAAACUCCAGUGACGGUGUGGGUGAUAUGUAACCCUAGCACCGGACAGUACUUCACUUUACCUAGAAUGAAGACAAGGAAUAACAAGUGUGAUGUGAGAAGCUUUUUUGGGUAUGAUCCUGUCGAGAACCAGUUCAAGGUUUUGUCAAUGACAACACUUGCACAUGGCAAAAGAGAUCUGGCCAUCUACAAGGAGCACCAAGUUCUGACAUUACAAACUGGGAAACUCCCAUGGAGGAUGAUUGAAUGUAACGUACCCCAUCAUCAUGGGAUUAAUUGUAUAUGCAUCAAUGGUGUUUUGUAUUACAAAGCUAAGAACGGAGCUGAUUCGUCUACAUAUGGUAAGGAUAUUAUAGUCACCUUUGAUGUUAGAUCUGAGAAGUUCGGCUUUAUUGAAGUCGACAAACCUUUCAUUCCAGUUCAUACUCUGAUAAACUUCAAUGCUAAACUGGCUUCAGUUGAAUCUUAUUCUUUUAAUAGAAGAAGCCCGAUUCAUUUGUGGGUUCUAGAUGACAUAGAGAAAAAUGAAUGGUCCAAGCAUGUUUACAAACUGCCUGCGUCUUGGGAGGAAGUAGUUGGAGAUGCGGACUUAUACUGUGUUAAAGUGACUGCUUCAAAUGAAGUUGUUUUGUCAGGGUACUAUCAACGCUCUCCUUUCUAUGUUUUCUACUACAGUCUUGAGAAGGAAACUGUGAGAAGAGUUGAAAUCCAAGAAAUGGAAGCGUUUAAGCAUUUCCAAGUUUACACUUUUGUAGACCAUGUAGAAGACGUCAAAGUGUAUUUUAGGACUGGCUCUUAAGUGAAUGAUCACGGUCUUGUUCAGUGUGCUUCAUGCAUCCAAGGAGCAUCAGUUUUUCUAUGCUAAGCCAAAACAGUUCAGUGUUGGUUUUACAUCGUAUUUUAUAUUUUGAGAAAACAUUGUACCAUUUGGUUAGCAUCCAAUAUUCUGGUUCUCUCUAUGUUACUUAAUACAUCAAUGUUUAGUUUAAAUAAAGGCUUCCAGAAACUAAUAUGAAAAUUGAACUUAACCUUGUGUGUGGUGGCCAAGCGUAUCUACUAUUGUUUUCUAGUUUUUUAGUUCAGAGCUUCAUCAUUAAUGGAGUCUAAUAAAUGCAAAUUCCACAUAAUCAAGAAAAGAAAAGAAAAAAACAACGGUUCUGCUUGUAACUGUUAUUAUACACAUGACUCGAAGUUGAAGAAAAGCCUCAGUUUUCUCCAAGUGUGCAAACUCAUUUUUUAACAAAUGCGGACUCAGCCAAGUCGAUGGCUCGAGCAAGUCCAGCUGCUUUAUUCUGACACUCGCGGUGCUCGUCUUCCGGGUCACUAUCGGCUACCACACCAGCUCCAGCUUGAAGAUAAGCCACCCACUCACGGCGUUUGUUA